CCGAGCGGCCGCCGAGUGUGGACGGAGCGCGCGAUCUGAAGGCGAGCUGAAGCGAACGGCCAACUUUCUUUGACAAUUUAACCCAUCCAGUCAAAACUUGUUUAUAUAUACGUGCUGUUAUUUGGACUGAAUUAAACUGUUCUCAGUUGGGCUUUCAGCUCUUUUGUCGACCCCCGCGCUGCUUGUAAAGUGCAGAGCCGUAUCAUUGGUCACUUUUUUCACUCAGCAGAACACCCAGCUGGGCUGCUGGAUCUUCUCCAACGAGCAAACGCAUGCGGUUUCCCCGGAGCUGCCCGUCUUCGUGAACAUCUGAGCUCCGUGUUUCCUCAGCCUCUGUUCUGAGGUGCACUUAAACGGCAGCUGCUGGUGUGUUUCGCUGCUGCUGCAGCUGCACGGCAGCUCGUCGCCUUGCUCUCCUUCCCAUGUGAGGAGCCGUGCCAACGCCUUUUUUCACUGUGACACGCUUCGCUGUUCUGCGAAAACGGCAGGCAACGUUGGUGCUGCGGCCACUUUUCACUCUCUCGUUUCGCGUCUACGUUGGAGCAGCGAGCAGGCGGCUGGCGGCGAAACAUGGGCUGCACAUUAAGCGCAGAGGACAAAGCGGCGGUGGAGAGGAGUAAAGAGAUUGAUCGCAACCUGAGGGAAGAUGGAGAGAAGGCAUCCAGAGAAGUCAAACUACUGUUGCUCGGUGCUGGUGAAUCAGGGAAAAGCACAAUAGUUAAGCAGAUGAAGAUCAUCCAUGAAGAUGGCUAUUCAGAUGAAGAGUGUAAGCAGUACAAAGUGGUGGUGUACAGCAAUACAAUCCAGUCCAUCAUUGCCAUCAUCAGGGCCAUGGGCCGUUUAAAGAUUGACUUUGGCGACCCUGCGAGAGCAGAUGAUGCUCGUCAGUUAUUCGUGCUGGCCGGUACAGCAGAGGAAGGGGUCAUGACUUCUGAGCUGGCCGGAGUCAUCCGCAGACUGUGGAAGGACGGGGGAGUCCAGAGCUGCUUUGCCAGGUCCAGAGAAUACCAGCUCAAUGACUCGGCCUCCUAUUAUCUAAAUGAUCUGGAGAGGAUAUCCCAGCACGGCUACAUGCCCACGCAGCAAGAUGUACUGAGGACUCGAGUCAAAACCACUGGCAUCGUAGAGACGCACUUUACCUUCAAAGAGCUCUAUUUCAAGUUAGUUAAUCCUUCUUUGUUCCUAACUUUGCCUUACCUUUUGCAGCUUGUGAAUGUGAACUCAUGUUUAUAUAUAAAUAUGCGUGUGUGUAUCUGUGUGUGUGUUAACAGGAUGUUUGACGUAGGUGGCCAGCGCUCUGAGAGAAAGAAGUGGAUUCACUGCUUUGAGGGUGUUACAGCUAUCAUCUUCUGCGUGGCACUAAGUGAUUAUGACCUGGUGCUGGCCGAGGAUGAGGAGAUGAACCGAAUGCAUGAGAGCAUGAAGCUGUUCGACAGCAUCUGCAACAACAAGUGGUUUACUGACACUUCCAUCAUCCUCUUCCUCAACAAGAAGGACCUGUUUGAAGAGAAGAUCAGGAGGAGUCCUCUUACUAUCUGCUACCCUGAGUACUGUGGUUCCAACACGUACGAGGAGGCAGCAGCCUACAUUCAGUGCCAGUUUGAGGAUCUGAACAGGCGGAAGGACACCAAGGAGAUCUACACCCACUUUACCUGUGCCACGGACACCAAGAAUGUGCAGUUUGUCUUUGAUGCAGUCACUGACGUCAUCAUCAAAAACAACUUAAUCGAGUGUGGACUCUACUGAAGCAUCAUGUUUUAGUGCCAAGUCACUGAACGUAGUGGGACUAAUGGAAGCAUGCCUGAUUGGAUGGAUAUCACUGGUGCUGCCUGUAGCGGACUCCAGUCAGUGGGGGACGAUGACUAGAUACAGACUGCUGCUACCAUGCUGCAUAUACACCGUAGUUCUUACUGUGCAUUUUGGAGAGACUCUCUUAAAACCCCACAUCUGUCGGCAGUCCUUACAUUUGUCUUUCUUUAAUUCCUGUUGCAACGUAGUGAGGUCAAGAUGGGUGAGUGUUUUCUGUUCAUGUUUUAAUUACCAGGUUCACUCCAGCCAUUGGGUAUUACAGUAUACAAGGUAAAUGAAGUAGUUCUAUGCACGCAUUGAUUAAAAAUCCCAAAAACAAUAGAUGGCAUCAACAUACAACAUGUUCACAUCUGUUAGACUGUUACCACCUUGGAAAUUUGUUUUCCUUGAGAUGCAUCAGCUCUUUUUCUAAAAGAGGAAUAUCUAAGUAUCAUCCGCUACAUAACUGUGAUUUCACAGCUUUAGAGCAGAGGUUCCCAACCAACGGGCCGUGGGUUGUUUUAGUACCGUGGUGAGCACUGGGGAGGUUAGUAGCCUGACUGAUAAACUCCACCAUUUAUUAUCAUUAUUGUUAAUGUAAUUAAUGUUAGUAUUUUUAUUUAUGGUUAAGUCUUGAUAUUAAAAAUGUCCAUAAAUUAACUUUUAAGGGCCUAAAUCCUACCUAUUACAUGUA